UUUGUGAUGAAGCAUUUUAAAAGAUCAGUUUCAUCUCUUUUAACUUCAGAAAAAAUUAAUAAUAUGUUGACUACACAUUUGAAACUUGAUUGUAAUACUAUUAAAAAAAUGAAUGAAAUUGAAAAGAACAAUGUUGUUGUGAAUGUUACAGAAGAACAAAUUAUUCAAAACUGUCUAAUACUACAGCAUAUGGAUAUACAAUUAAAUGAAAUUUACCAUUUGGUGCCAUGUUUAAUGCUUCGACCCAUGAUUGUGAGAAACAGGAUUUUUAUAUUGAAGGAAAUAGGUAUAGAUUGUAUAGAUUUACAUCAUAUUCAUGGGUUUCCCUUAAUAAUGCGUAAAUCAAUAAAGCAAUUUAAAAAGUUAUAUGUGAAAAAGUUAAAUAAUGAAAGUAUUGUAGACACUAUAUUUUCCAAUAUAGUUAUAACAAAUAACAAAAUUCAUAAAAAAUUGAUAAAAAUUGAAAAGCAGAAUAAAGUGAAAGUAGGUGAUUUUUAUCAAUUGUGUGUAAUGUACUAUAAAAAAUUUCAGCUAGAAUUAUCUGAUGAACUGGCUUUCAAAAGGAAAAGAUUGAAAUAUCAGAGCCUUAAAGAAAUAAAGAAGUUAGUACAUAUAUUAAAAUAUACAUGUGAGUUUAAUGAAGAUAUUCUAAGAAGAAAUUCUUUUCUCUUGAAUUUGAAUGUAGAUGAUAUUGAAAAAUUUUUUACUGUGUUUCGAGAUGUUAAAAUAAAUGACAAAACUAUGAUUGAUAUAGUAAAGAGAUAUCCUCGUAUUCUUUUUUGUGACAUAAAUAAUACAAAACAAUUGUUGCAACUUUAUGAAACAUUAAAAAUAUCAAACAAUUCACUUUAUUUUUAUGUAAAAGGUUUGAAAGUGAGAAAAGAUAAAUUUCUAAAAAGGUAUGCAAGUAUCGCGAACAAUUUAGAAUUAUCUAUAUGGUUGAAGUACCCACGAAUACUGAAUAUGAUUUAUUGUUACAAAUUAGUUAUGAAUCGUCUGAAUUAUAUACAGUGUUUAAAUUAUGUAAACAAUGCAAAUAUUCAUACAUAUUUAUCAAAUAAAAAAGUCUUUCUGAGAUUUGCAGAAGGGGAUGUUUGCUCCACUGGUUCGAAGAGGCAUUUGUUAUAUAUUUUGAGUAAAGAGUUGGGGGAAGAUAAAGCUCACAUGCUAUUAUUGUAUAUACGAAGACAUCCUUUUUGGAAAUACAUACCUUUGCAAAAUAUCAAUGACAUGUUACACUAUUUAAAACAACAUUAUUCAAUAGAAGAUAUAUGUCAAAAUAUUCAUAUUAUACUUUAUCCAAGGUCAAAGAUUGACAGUACAUUGAAAUUGCUGUAUAAAGAGUACUCUUCACAAGCGGGAUAUAAAUUUACUCCUGCACAAUACUUGGCAUUAUGCUUGUACAAAUUAGAAAAGAAAUAUCAUUUUAGUGGUGAUGCAGUUUGGCAAAGUGAAGUAUCAGUUUUUAAAUCAAAUAUUUAUCAGGAUUCAUAUGAACCUGAUAACUUUGUUGAAUAUAUAAAUAAUAAUGACAAUGAAGCAAUUGAUCUAAGUGGAACAGCAUGGUUCGAUUAUCUUCUGCAAUAA